AUGUGGGGAACGGAAGUUUCAAGGGGACUCCUGUCUUUAAAACAGAGAGAUCUGACUGUUGCUGAGUACAUAAUCGACUUCCACUUGCUGGCAUCAGAGAGCCCCUGGAACGAGGAGACGCUCAUGGACGUGUUCAUUAAUGUAUUAAAUGACAGGAUCAAGGAUGGACUUUCCAACAGAACCACCCUUGAAGGUUUUUAUGACAGUGCUGCACCUGCUGGUGUCAUAGAAAUCACCAAGGAGGCAAUCGAUUACCGCCAUCCUAAGUAUCCCAAUGUCAUCUUGGACUUUCCUGUAAUUGGAACCCCUGCGUUUAAAGCAGAGGAUUACCUGAAGGAUGUUGGAUGCAAGACCUUUGACUUCUUUGUCAUCAUGUCAGGAUCGUUCAGAGAAAAUUAUGGUAAACUUGCUGAAGAGAUCUUAAAAAAUAAGAAAAGGUUUUACUUUCUUGGAAUUGAGUCUCCAGAGAUCUUCCUGGUGUCCAACCCAGAGAUUCAUCUGUAUGAUUUUGAUGCUCUGAUUUAGGCCUUUGAGAGAGAUCUUCCUAAAAACAACAUGGAUGCCCAAACUUUCUCUCCAGAUUUCAUCAUGAAAAAGAAAGAGAUUUUUCAGCGUGUUUUAUGGGGUUUGACAGCUUUAUCAGGUGUUGCAGCAGCAGUUCCAGUUCCUGGGUUGUCUGCUGCCGUUGAUCUGAGCUUGCUGGUUGGUACUGUCACCUAUUAUGCGAGUGGGUUUGGUCUUGAUAUCCCAUCUCUAAAAAGGCUAUCUGUCAGAACAGGCAUACCAUACAAAAAACUGAAAGCUGUCCUGAAAAGUCAAUUGUCUGGAGUAGAAAUAACUAAA